AUGGCUUCUGUACUAGUCCAAAAUGUUGCCGCCCCUGCGGCCGACUCGCUGCCCGCCGACGCGAGCCCAUCAAAGGUGACCCUUGACGGUGCCAUCAAGUGGGCAAAGGCAGCAUAUACACAGCGCCUCCCAGCCUCAAAAUCUCAGUAUGAGUCCGCAACAAGGUUCUUGCCCGGCGGCAACACCAGAUCCGUGUUGUUCAACGACCCCUUUCCCAUCUUUAUGAAGCGCGGUCAGGGCAACCGGCUGUGGGAUCUGGACGGUCACGAAUAUGUCGACUUUGUUGGAGAGCUGACGGCUGGCUUGUACGGACACUCCAAUCCAAUCCUCAAGGAGACCAUUGCCUCGACGUAUGAGAACGUGGGGAUCAGUUUUGGUGCAUCCACCACCCAGGAGGUGGCGCUGGCUCAAUUGAUCUGCGAGAGGUUUCCAAGCAUUGAGCAGCUUCGUUUCUGCAACUCGGGCACAGAGGCAAACCUUUAUGCAUUGAGCAUCGCGAGAGUGGUCACUGGAAAGAACAAAAUCCUCGCCUUCAAGGGCGGAUACCACGGUGGCGUACUCAGUUUCGGUCAUGGGAUCGCGAAGAACACAGUCGACCGCGACGACUGGGUGCUUGGCACGUACAACGACGUCGAGGAGGUCACAAAGUUGAUCGCGUCAACUCCCGGCCUUGCGGCUGUCAUUGUGGAGGCGAUGCAAGGUGCUGGAGGUUGCAUCCCGGCCACCGUCGAGUUCCUCGAGGCUAUUCAAGCCACCGCGAAAAAGUGCGGCGUCUUGGUCAUUCUUGACGAGGUCAUGACGUCCCGUCUCCAUCCACAUGGCCUCCAGGGCAAGUACUCCCUGGACCCAGAUCUUACGACGCUCGGGAAGUACAUCGGUGGUGGAUUGGCCUUUGGUGCCUUUGGAGGCAAGAGCGAGCAUCUCGCAGUGUACGACCCGAGGCGUGCCUCCAGCGUGGCGCACUCUGGUACAUUCAACAACAACACGCUCGCCAUGUCCUGCGGUGCCGUUGGACUCUCGCAGAUUUACACGCCAGACGUCUCGCAGCAGCACAAUGAACUUGGUGACUACUUCCGCACCAGCCUCCAAACUGUGGCGGAGGGAACCAAGAUGGUCGUGACAGGGAUCGGAGCAGUUCUCACCAUUCACUUCCUCGAGAACGGUCUCGCGCCUGUGCGGGAGGCUGACCUCGACGAGCAGACUGUUUCUGGGCUCAAGACGUUGUUUUGGCACUGGUGCUUGAGUCGAAGUUUCUGGAUCACGGAGCGCGGAAUGCUGAGCAUUAUUCUGGGGACAACCAGAGAGGAGCUCGACGGCUUCGUGGAAACCGCUAGGUUAUUUGUCGCAGAGUACAGGCACCUGCUGGCGAUAUAA